UGGCUACUUAAUAAAUACGAGAAAAUGGAAGGGGACGCGUAUCGAAAACAGUUCUGUUCUAUUUCGCAUUUCUUCCCGUAGCAGUUUUAUAAGAAUUCAUAGGAAACUACGUUACAGAAUGGAGGUGAUCCAUCCGGGAACUGGCGAGAUUAUUGGAAACCAUUCUGACCCAAACACCCUCACAGACUCAGAUUCAAGUGAACAGACUGGAUGUUUCAGAUGUCUGUGGCGUGGGAUCCCUCUUAACUGCAAAAAACAAUUUUCUCAGUUCUCAAAAUUAGCUGGACUUGUGUGUGUUGCUCAGCUUCUGGUCUUUUUAAUACCUUUUGUCAGCACUGUAUUCUGUGGACAUCUGGGGAAGACAGAGCUGGCUGGGGUUACUUUAGCCACAUCUAUUGUGUCUAUUGCUGGUAUUUCAAUUGGUCAAGGAUUGGCAACAACAUGUGACACAUUCAUAUCUCAGACCUUUGGGAGCAGUAACUUAAAGAGAGUGGGGGUCAUUCUGCAGAGGGCUAUCCUCAUUUUACUUCUGGCUUGUUGCCCAUGCUGGGCUCUUCUUAUCAACACAGAGUCCAUCCUCCUGGCCUUCAAGCAAAGCCCAGAGGUGGCCAGGCUGUCCCAGAUGUAUGUGGAGAUCUUUAUGCCUGCAUUACCUGUGACCUUUCUGUUUGAGCUACAAGUAAGGUAUCUUCAAAGUCAGGGUAUACUAUGGCCCCAGAUAUUGACAGGAAUUGUGGGAAAUGUCCUGAAUGCACUGAUCAACUACAUCUUUCUGUUCGUUCUGGAGCUUGGUGUAGUUGGUUCAGCUGCAGCCAACAUGAUAUCCCAGUACUGCCUGGCUUUGUUCCUGUUUGCUUACAUUCUCUGUAAGGGUUUGCAUAAGCCCACCUGGGGAGGCUGGUCUGUGGAAUGUCUGCAGGAAUGGGGACCCUUUGUCCACUUAGCCAUACCCAGCCUGUUCAUGGCAUGUCUGGAUUUAUGGAUGAUGGAGAUUGGGGGAUUCCUUGCAGGUCUGAUAAGUGUGGUUGAACUGGGAUCACAGUCAGUCAUCCGUAUGGUGUCUGGUAUUCUAUACAAGAUUUAUGGAGGCAUCAAUGCAGCUGCCACUCUGACUGUGGGGAAUGCUCUGGGAGCUGGAAAUGUACAGCAGGCUCAGCUGUCCUGCAAGAUCUCCAUGAUAUGUGCAGUUGUGAUCUCCCUAUGCGUAGCAGUGAUUGUUGGGUCAUCAUCGGAUGCAAUAGCCAUUGUCUUCACAAAUGACGAGCAAAUCAGGAGAAGGACAGGAGAGGUUAUCGUUAUGCACACACCAUUUCAAAUAAUUAAUGCAAUAUUGUUUGUAUUUUCAGGCAUUUUCAGGGGUGUGGCAAAACAGAAGAUUGGUGCAGUUUUGGAGCUGGUUGUUUGCUCCUUUGUGUGCAUUCCCAUUGGUGUGUCCUUAACGUUUGCAACAAAACUCGGAAUCACCGACAACCAUGAAGAGGGGCACAGUCCCUGGCAGUUCAACUCUGACCUGGAGGUGCUGCAUGAGAGAGACAGUGGGACCCUCACUACAGUGGAGGAGGUGCUGACUUUCAGGCAGCUGUGUCUGCGGCGGGGGCUAGCGCUAGGCUCCAUGCUGGUCCUCCUAGCUGCAGGAAUCCUCACCAACAUGCUGCUCCCUGCUGUCUUCACAUCAGGGCUAAAUGAGACCUCCACCGUACCACCCACAGUGGACAACCUGUGGACUCACAAUACUAUGGACCAGACGGGCCAAGUAUGA